UUUCAGGCUUCUUUAGGCCCUGGCAAUGGAGACUGAGAUUUUUUCUCAGCAACACUAACUAUAGCUGAGUUAGGGUUGCUGUUUUCAUUGGAAUUGGGGAUUUAUAGUUGGCUGCUGGCUCUUCUACCCCCUGUUUUAUUACACUGAACCUUUACUCACAUUUAAUAUGUUACCUGCCUCUGCCAAGCCCAGGAAAAGUACCCGAACGUGUGACCCUGCUCUUGUAUUUCCUAGAUGAUGGCAGGAGGUCUGGGGAAGUGGUUGGCAAUUUACUCAGUGGCUCUCUUGCCUUCCAGCUCCUGUGAACCUGUGCUGCUUCUUCUGUGAAUAGAAAUGGGUGGGAAAGAGCAAGUUACUCGGCAUAAAGGAGUAGUAAGGAAGAUACAAUUCAUAUUGCUCUUCAGUCGACAAGGGAAAUUGCGGCUGCAGAAAUGGUACACCACCCUCCCUGACAAAGAGAGAAAAAAGAUCACCAGGGAAAUCAUUCAGAUUAUUCUCUCUCGUGGUUAUAGGACAAGCAGUUUUAUUGACUGGAAGGAGCUAAAACUGGUUUAUAAAAGGUAUGCUAGUUUAUAUUUUUGCUGUGCAGUAGAAAAUCAAGACAAUGAGCUCUUGACACUAGAGAUUGUGCAUCGUUAUGUGGAGUUGCUGGACAAAUACUUUGGAAAUCACUUUUCAAUUCCAAAGAGAUUUAUAAGGAUUAACUGGUUAAUCUUUCAAUCUUCAGUCUGUGAACUGGAUAUUAUCUUUAAUUUUGAAAAGGCGUAUUUUAUCCUUGAUGAAUUCAUAAUAGGUGGAGAAGUUCAGGAAACAUCUAAGAAAACUGCUGUUAAAGCCAUUGAAGAGUCUGACAUGUUACAGGAGACACUGGAAGAAUAUAUGAACAAACCUACAUUUUAACUGUAUAUCUACUUGAAGACUCAGUACUACAUGCUGUGAACUCCUGAAUAAGCAACACCCUAUGUUCAGUCUUGACAGAGCCUUUAGCACCAUGCCAAAAAAUGACUUAAAGGGAUUCUUUGUUAACUAGCAAAAAUUAAAGUUCUUUAGCAUAAUAUAUUUAUAAUUGCUACAUGUCUGUAUUAUAUUGUAUGUGAGUACUAACUGUGCCUCUGGUUGUUUGAAAUAACUGUUGCAUAACUCAAUCCACUAGUGAUUUGCAAUAUUUUAAUUCCAUGUGAUAUUUUAAAGCUACUUUCAAAAUAUUAUUUGCAAUAUAUUUGUGUUGGAUUUGAUCUUUUACUGACAGUUUGAAAACCAUAUUGGAUAACUCAUGAUUCUCAUUGUAAAGUAUACCUUACAUCAUUAUUGCCUUUCCUAAAUGUUUAGUUUUUUAAGUUGUACAUGAAUUCAAAGUUAUGUUACUAGUUCGGAGUUCUUACGUAAUGGUAGACAUUUUUAAUAUACUUAGUAAUACUGUAAUUUCUGGCCAGAUACAAUGUAUCUGAUGUUUAUGUCCUGAAUUCACUUAUUUUUGUCAGGAUUGGAAUUAAGGAAGAUAACCAAAGAGAGUAUAGAAUUUAAUACGUUUUUGAUGACUUAGAAGCUGCUAUGUAGACUGAGGUUUUAAUUUCAGCUUUAAAUUAAAUAUGAGACAUUUCAAUAAGGUUAUGUUUUCUACAAACUUUGUAUUUAUUAAGGUUUCAAAAGAUCUAGAGAUAGACUGUCUAUGAUAACCUGAUUAUAAAAUAGUAUGAUAGGGUUUAAUUACAUUAGCUAUUAUUAUUAUUGCUACUACUAUUGUAAGUUUCUUACAUUCCAGCCACUCUUAUUGGCUUGAGAGAUUUUGUUUCAAAUAUUUUUAAUGUAAAUCAAAUAUCAAAGCAUUGCUUAUAAGACUUUUAUUAUCAUUGCAGCCUACACAGUAGAUGCCUUUCCUCUCCUUUUCCUCUGGAGGAAUUAUUUGCUGCUGACCAUUAUUGUGGAUAUGUCACCUUCAUGUUUUCUGGACUGAAAAUACUACAUAACUGGGUACUAAAUGUGAUGAGACAUAUUUUGGGGAAAUAGCCCAGCAUGUUCUGGCUUGGUGCCUAUCUCUGAAGGCUUCAAGGUCUGGUGUCACUCCCAGUGGACGGUUAGGGACCCCGUAGUGCCCUUCGCAAGACAAGAGUGUGCUUGCUCUUGGAUUCUAUGGGAGCUCCCCGGUGGGAGACCCCUAGAGGACAUGGUGGAAAAACGUCCCUUUUGGUUUAUCUGAACAAACGUAUUUUGGGGGAAAUUAGCAAGACAAGAACAGAAGAAAAGGGAGAGAAAUUGACCGAUUCCUCAAUAUAACCAUUUCUUUAAAAGAACUAAUUCACAUUAGUAUAUGAAGUAGUCAUUUGGCUUUUAAUUUUUUUUGGUACCAGGGAUCAAACUCAGGAUCUUGCGCUUGUAAGGCAGGCGCCGGAACCGCUGAGCUAAAUGCCCAGCCCUCAUUUGGCUUUUAAUAUCUGAUAUUUCCUCAAGGUAAUGAUAAAUUACAAUUACGGCAUGAGAUUGAAAUAUAUCUUUUUCUUUUCGCACUGGGGAUCGAACUUGGGACCUUGCGCUUUCGAGACAAGCGACGGCACUACUGAGCCAAAUCCCUGACCCAAAGUAUAUCAUUUUUGAUCACUGUUUACUUGAGGAGUUCUUCAGUUUUGUGUUUUAACUUUUAAAAACAUGAUAGAAGUCUUUAUUUUUCAAAACAAUUUUGUAAAGAUAGACUUUAUGUAACUCUAUCAGUUUUUCUGGCUCACUUUCACUACUUUUGCAUGAAGGUAUCUCGAGCCUCAUUAAAUAUACUACAUAUCUGAAUAAUUCUAUAUUCAACACUGCCAGGCUACACAUAGGAUUUCUUGGACUUCCUGUCAACGUCACACAGAGAAUGAUCAUAUCUAUGUGGCAUACUGGGGUAAAGUUGAGGGACUUGGGAGAUGUCUUAUAUGGGUGUUGGUAAAAAUAAUCAUGUUUUCUUUAUAUACCAAAAGUACCAAAGAAAAGGAGAAAUAAUAAAUAUUCAAUUUGUAUAAAACUUCCAAAUAAAAUGUUUUUUAAAUUUUUAAAGAGGAUUGUGAGUAUGCUUUCAGGAAUAUAUUUAUUUUUAAAUCAGAUUUUUAUGCUUGAAAUUGCUACCCAUAAUUCCUGGCCAAAGUCCCUUGAAUAUGGCAUCUUCAUUUUCAUGUUAGCUACCAUUAAGGAGCCAUUGCACAAGUAAGUGACAGCAAAUGGGAGAAUAUUUAUUGCUUUUGCUCCAGUUGACUUCUCACACCUGUAUUUUUAUAAUCUGCUUUAUGUGUAAUUAAGGAAGUGAUCAGUGUUCAAAACUAGCAACAAUUCCUUUUCUUUCAUUAACAAAUGUAAAAUUGACUUUUGGAUGAGGAAAGUGGGGUUUUCCCCCCAUAUUGAGUCUCCUAAAAUAAUGAUAAGGAUUUUAUCAAAUAUACUGUGCUUCAAAACCUAAUAAUUCUUUAGGAUUCAUAUUAUAAUACCCAUCAAACAUUAUUGAUGAACUGUGUUUAAUUUCACUUUUCUAAGGAUUAAUCAAUAAACUAUACUGGUUAAUGUUAAAUGUA